AUCAAUUACUACACUGAGGGCAACCAUGAAAUAUAUGUGAUGUGUAACUACUCGGUUUACGCUAAGUAUCUCGAGUCUUUACUACAACCCAAUGAAUUAGAAACACAUCUUGUCCCAGUAUUCAGUAGUAUAGAAGAGCUUUACCCAUUGCUAUACAUGAUUAAUAAGAUCGGCGGGGCCCCAGCAGGAAAAACUAAACUGAAGUUCAUUGAUAAUUUGAAGUAUUUUAUGAAAGUGUCGAGUUUAGACGAUGAUGAAGACUACGAUGGAGAUGAUAUACCCAUCAACCUCUCGUCGGGACAGGCAGAGCGCCCGCUAAAUAUGGACUUGAUAAUUGUUCUAGAUUCCGAUCUGUUUUCUCAGGAUCACUUGCUACCGUACAGUGUAUCAACUCAACAGCUUUUGAGAUUUCUCAGUUUACAGCAUAGUGGAUCGUUUGCAAUUGUAUCUGGAGUUCAGUCCUUUAUUUCCAGCGGUGCCUCCAUUCUUUCGUUAUCAUACAACCACCCUCCAGAACCUAUUUCGAUCUACGACGAAGACGGUGUUUUCAUAAGUGAUAACCUAUUUGUCAAUAUCUUGAUACCGUUGGGUUGGGAUUCCUGGAGCAAAAUCGAAAUAUUGGCAAAGUCUGCUGCUCAUGGUGGACCCCAACUUUCAAAGAGCCGCCUCCUUUCCAGCUUGGAGGAAAUCCAAGAGUUCAAUACCCUCUAUGAACAAUUCCUCGAUGCCGACCCAAUCGAU